AUGCGCAUCUUGAAACCGGCUGCUAGAAGCUAUAAAGAUGCAAUCAAUGCAUUGAAUUCUUUGCAAUCAAACUUUGCUUCAAUUGAAGCGAUGAAAAAAUUGGGCCCCAAUGUUAAUAGAAAUGAAUUAUCUAUAAAUGAAGUGCAUGAAUAUAUUAGAAGAUUAGGGUACAAGACAAGAGACUUUGACAAAUUGAACAUAAUCCACGUAACCGGUACUAAAGGUAAAGGAUCAACUUGUGCAUUUACCGAAUCGAUAUUAAAACAGUAUAAGUUUAAUGCAAACGAUCAAAACUCUAAUAUCAAGACAAACCCAAUUAACAAAUUGGGGUUAUUUACAUCUCCUCAUUUGAAAACUGUAAGAGAAAGAAUUAGAAUUAAUGGUAAUCCAAUUAAUGAAUCCAAAUUUACUAAAUAUUUCUUUGAAGUUUGGGAUAAAUUAUCCUCGACUUCUUCUUCUCCUGAUGAGUUUCCUAGUUUGCAACCUUGCGAGACAGUGAAGCCCAUGUACUUUAAGUAUUUGACUAUUUUGUCCUUCCAUGUUUUCUUAUCAGAAGGGGUCGAUACCGCCAUUUAUGAAGUAGGGGUUGGGGGAACUUACGAUUCCACUAAUAUUGUACAAAAUCCAACCGUCACUGGUAUUUCCUCUUUAGGCAUUGAUCAUACUUUCAUGUUAGGUAAUACCAUCGAUUCGAUCACUUGGAAUAAAACCGGGAUUUUUAAGAAGAAUUGUCCUGCAGUUGUAAGUAACCAGUUAGAAUACCCUGAAUCUUUAAAAAUCAUUGAACAAAGAGCUAAAGAAAUUGGAGUUAGCUCUUUAGAUAUUGUUGACGAAGAUUUAUUACCUUCCAGUAUUAAGUUAGGUUUAGCUGGGAAAUUUCAACGUCAAAAUGCAAGCUUGGCUGCUAAAUUGGCUUCAAUUCAUUUAUCAAAGUUAGGUGUUCCUCAAAAUGAAUUACCUGAUUUAGAAAGCACUGACGUUGAUGUUUUACCGGAUCGUUUUAUUGAAGGUUUACAAAAUGCUAAUUGGGAUGGUAGAUGUCAAAUAAUUUCAAAUAAACCUAAUUUUGAAAAUAUCGAUUGGUAUAUCGAUGGUGCUCACACUUUAGAGUCAAUUCAAGUUUCAUCAUCCUGGUUUAAAGAAUGCAUGGAUGAUAAAUUACAAAGCAGAAAUGAUUUGAAAAUUUUAUUGUUUAACCAACAAAGUAGAGAAAACACUAAAGAAUUAUUACUGAAAUUAUAUGAAAAUAUUAUCUUGAAAGGGGUUAAAUUUGAUCAUGUCAUCUUUACCACUAAUGUUACUUGGUCUGAUGGUAAUUAUAAUAGUGAUUUGGUCUCUUUGAAUAAUUCAAAAGAAUUGGUUGAUAAACUAACCGUUCAAAAAGAUUUGGCCCAAUCUUGGAGCGAAUUAGAUCAAGCAAAUAAUAGUGAUUCAAGAAAACAUAUUUUCCCAAAUAUUGAAACCAGUGUUAAUUUCAUCAAAAGUUUAACCAAUGAUGUUUCUGAUGUUAAUGUAUUUGUAUGUGGAUCAUUACAUUUGGUAGGUGGAUUUCUUGUUGUGUUAGAUAAUGAAAGAGAUUAACUUUCUAUAUUGCAU